AUGGCGCGCCAACUCCAAGGUCUGCCGGUGAUCAUGUUCAUUCACGGGGAGUCCUACGAGUGGAACUCGGGUAGCGCCUACGACGGAACGGUGCUGUCCAGCUACGGCAGCGUGGUUGUCGUCACUAUCAACUACAGGCUCGGCAUCCUCGGUUUCCUGCCAGCCAUGGACGGGGCAUCGAGAGCUAACAACGGCCUGCUGGAUCAAAUCGCUGCCUUGCACUGGAUACAGGAGAACAUCGACGUGUUUGGUGGCGACCCCAGAAACGUAACCAUCGCCGGUCAUGGACACGGAGCAGCCUGCGUCAACUUCCUCAUGAUGUCUCCGAUGGCCAAAGGAAUCGGCCUGUUCCGGCGAGCGGUCAUGAUGUCCGGCUCUGCGCUUAGUCCUUGGGCCAUUGCCAGGGACGCCGUAGGUUACGCCCGGCAAGUGGGCAAAGCCUUGGGGUGCCCGACUGCAGAAGCGGGCGCACUAGGUGACUGUCUACGACACCGGCCGGUCCAGGAGCUCAUGGACGUGCCUCUGACGGUGCCGGACCACCUGGCCGCCUUCGGUCCCACCGUGGACGGUACAGUGGUUCCCGGGGAGCCCCGCGCCGAGAUGGCGUCCCGAGACAGCUCGUACGCUGACUACGACCUGCUUUUCGGCGUCGUUCGGUUCGAAUCCUACUUCUUGUUCACGCCGCACGAGGAGAAACACGGUUUCGAGGUGGACCGCCGAGACCGGCUUCUACGCACCCUAGUGCGCAACCUCUACUCGUACCACCAGCAAGAAAUCCUGUUGACGAUCGUCAACGAGUACACUGACUGGACCAGAUCGGUUCAACACCCCGUCAGCAUUCUCGAGGAGACUGCGGAAGCCCUCAGCGAUGCCCUUGUCGUCGCACCUGUCGUCGAGGCCGGCAGUCUCCACGCUGCCGCGACGGCACGUCGAGCUGCCGCCGCGACGUCUGGCUCCGAUCCCGACACUCGCCGGUCGAGCACGCACUUCUACCUCUUCGGCUACCACUCGGACGAGUCGUCGUUCGCCCAGAAGAACGGCUGCGUGCACGGCGAGGACCUGCCGUACGUGCUGGGGCUGCCCGUGCUGGGGUCCGGCGCGCCACUGUACGGGAACUACACCAGGCAGGAGGCCGCGCUCGCCGAGACCACGAUGGCCUACUGGGUACGCUUCUUCCGGACCGGCUCACCGAACUUCACUUCGUCGGAGUCGGAGUCUGACCGGGGCAAGGGCGGUCGUGUCGAAAAGAUCGCCUGGCCGGCGUAUGAUCCGGUGCAUCAAAAGUACCUCAUGAUAGGCAUUAAGCCCAAACUACGCGACCACUACCACGCGCACCGCCUCUCCGUGUGGACCCAGCUUAUCCCCAAGCUGCACCGGUCAGGUGGUGCCGACGUUCCCCGUUCCCACCACCUUCUUGAAGACUUCGACGACCCAUCCAGCUACGACGGGGUCGUACGCGAAGUCCCUUCGCCGACGCCGUCUCCGUCUCCCACGACGUCCCUUACCCAUUCGACGGUGGACUCGAACACGGCGCACGGGGUCAGCGCGGGUGGCGUGAGCGGCGCGGGAGGACUGUUGACCACGUCGGGAGGACGUGGCCGCAUGGCGCAUGACGCAGCCGGCGAAGGUCGUGGCGGUGUGACGACGCCCGGAGACCCGAACCAGACGGACUCGCAGGCGAUGGCCAUGCCGCAGGCCACGUACUCCACCGCGCUGGGCGUCACCAUCGCCGUGGGAUGCUCGCUGCUCAUCCUCAACGUGCUCAUCUUCGCCGGCGUCUACUACCAGAGAGACAAGGGCAGGGCGACAGACAAGGGCAAGAAGAGGCCCUUCGAGCCUCCACGCAUGGGCGACGACUUGUCUGGCAUGGGCGGCAUUCCAGCGUCUGAGCCGGCGUCCAUCCUCUCCGGGGGCACUCUGAAGAGGCCUCCGCCAUCGUCGCCUUGUGGGCAGCUUGGUGGGGGAUGCACCGGGCACCUAGACUACAAAGGAACGCCUCCAUCUGUUGUUGGUGGAUGCCUCGCCGUCGCACCUCCCAAGGUUCCCCCUAAGCCGAACGGACUGCUGCCUUCAGACCAUCCCGAGUCCCAGCCCUUGCUCCCGCUCUCGGCUUCGGCUCGGGUCCUGUCCCCCGGAGGUCCGUUUCAUCAGGCCACGCUUUUGAGGCAUCAGCAGCAUCAGCAGCAUCAGCACCAACAACAGCAGCAGCAGCAGCAACAGCAGCAGCCGCAACAGGGCACGGGUCACAACACUCAGGAGCUGUGCGUAAGCUUCCGAGAUCGCCGAGAGGAGACGACCGUCUAA